AUGAAGUCUACAGCCAAUAUCCAAUCCUGCCAGGCAAAACCCAUUGCUUCUGAUAUCGAGGAACUUGAAAGCGGGAGUGAGAGUAGUCAGAAUGACAGCACUGGGAAAAGGAAGAGGAAGAUCCAUUCAACUGGAUUUAACAAACAACGGCAAGCAGCAAACGCAAGAGAGCGGGACAGAACCCACAGUGUAAACACAGCAUUCACAGCUCUCAGGACUCUCAUUCCCACCGAACCAGCAGACCGCAAACUAUCAAAGAUAGAGACUCUGCGUUUGGCCUCCAGUUAUAUUUCCCAUCUGGCAAAUGUCCUUCUCCUGGGAGAGGACUGUCUGGACGGGCAGCCCUGUUUAAAAUAUCGAGCUGUCAUGCAGGGCAGCAAUAGCGAUGUAAAUACUGCAGCACCCAGACCUAUAUGCACCUUCUGCCUUAGUAAUCAAAGGAAAACGCUUAGAGAAGGGGAAAAGCACCUUACUGUUUGA